UGUGCUGUUCUCGUAAAAUUCUUUAUCAACUUUUGUUGUUUGUUAUCUUCAAUUUUAUAAAAUUUAAUUUUAGAACACUCUUAAGUGCCGAAUCAGAAGGAACUGUAUAAUCUUAAAGCAUUAAUAAAAGUGGUUGCCUUGGUAACGAAAUGUUUGUUCCGUAAACAAAAUGGAAACCUUAAAACCAUCCACAUACGAUGAUGAUGAUUUAUAUUCAGGCUACAAUGAAUUCCAUCCUUCUCUUGACACAGCCGCUAUUCAAGAAGAUGAAGCAUUUCAGCAAGCUGUCAGAACAAGUUACGGCAGAAGACCUUUGCCUACAGCUAAAGUACCAGGAACUUCCAGGCUAACUGCAUCUCGAGGUGGAACUGGAUGGGGUCGUUCCUUGGCUCCGUCUUCCUCGGGACUGUCCUCUGUUUCUCAAGACAAUCUCACUCGUCCAAUGACAGCCGUUCGUGGAGCUGGAUUCACAUCCUCCGGCCAUAGAG